CACCCCCAGUCCACCACCGCUGCCUCACCCCCAGUCCCCCACCGCUGCCUCACCCCCAGUCCACCACCGCUACUGUCAAGUUUUGAAAACAUUGGCCCAAUAUUACAUUGGGCGGGACGCUACGACUCCUACACAAUGUAGUGAACUUGUACAGUAAUUGUAAAUAACUUUCACCACGUGUAGCCCAGCCCACAUUGUCUUCCCCAGGUGACAAAACAUCAAACUUUUCAAUCAAAACAACAAACUUUGUGACAGUUUAUAACUUAACAUUUAAUUUUGGAAUUUUUGUUGUCACUGUGUUGGUGAAGAACACACAUGACAGUGUAACACAAUGUUUGUGAGUGGUGUAGUGAUCAUUAACUAAUAAUGAAAUCAAGGAAUAAACUAUCAUUGACCUUGAACAGUGCAAAAGAUAAAGUUUGUCAUGUGAGAAGUUUUGAAGAGACUACGUGUACUGUAUUAGUAACUUAGUCAUGGCUGGUCAAAACUUGGACAAGUUACUUGCUAAUAUUAAUUUUCACAAGUACUGGAACAGUAUAUUUGUGGUGGGCCAGAGAGAGGUGUGUCGGUGCUUCCUCUGGCUCUACCACCACCACCACGGCCCCAACCCUCCCUACGUCGGCCAGUGUCUGCGAGCGACACCCCGUGGAAUGAACAGAAUUGGGGCUAUAGAAAGAGCAGUCUUUGACAGAGGUGACAGCCCUACCAAAAUGGAUAUUCCCCUCCUGUACAGACUCCUCCAGCACAUCUGUAACCUUGCUGAAGACACACAACCAACAUCUAUAUGGAAUUGUCCCACUACACCAGAGGAGCAGCUCAGCCUGGAACACACGCUCUACAAGAUAAAGGAAAAGAGAAAUAAAUUAAGUCAUAAACCAAUGACUUAUGUGCACAUGACUGAAGAAGAUCUGGAGACUUAUCUGGAUGAAUUGUGUGACCUCUUGUGCCGGGUGAUACGAGAGGCAGGUUUACGCACUGGCCGGACGCUACGGCAGAUAAAUGAUACCACGGACAAAAUCAAGGAUGAUUGUUCUCAUAUAAGAACUAUGAGGCCGUCCUUUGGCAUCUCACCACAAAAGUUUACUGUGUUAGCCAAACAAGAAUUAGAGGAGCAGAGAAGAACCAUUAUAGACUUGGUUGGCACCUUUGUUAUGCCUGUAAUAAAACGCUCGGUUAACACAACAGGUAUGGCACAAGCAGAGGAUGUAUCUGCUGAUCAGUUGCUGAAGUGGCGGUGUGUGGAUGGGAAGGUGCCUAAGGUGAUCCUGAUGCGAGGCGACACAGGGGCAGGCAAAACCUACCUUUGUCAACAAGUCCAGAACUUUUGGCUGAGGAAUGACACCAGAAUUACAGAUCUUAAUGAAUAUGACUUAGUUCUGUUAAUUGUGUGUCGUGACGUGUUCACCCGAGACCUGGUGCGACUAUUGCAGGACGAACUGCUUCCUCGAACCAUGAGUCAUUGCGAAGGAACCGAGGUUAUGAACAUUCUUAAAUCUCUGAAGAUAUUAUGGAUUAUAGAGGGGUUUGAAGAAGCCUCUGCCGAUGGAAAAGAUCUUCUGAAGCGACUCUUCAGUAUUACAGAUUCAGAUCAUACUGUUCUGGUGUCAACUCGACCUGAACACACUGUGGAGUUAACCAGUAUUAUUCUACCGGAGGAAAGGAUUUGUGAAGUAACUCUCUAUGGCUUCAGUGAAGAUGGACGAGAUAUUGUUCUAAAAAGGCUAUUACAGCAAGACAUGAGUGACACAGCAGAUCAUGUUGAACAAUAUGAACAGUUCAAACAUGACUUCAAACACCUAAGGAGAGACAUCCAAGUUGAGCUAAAUAAUCCUCUGAAAUUCAUAUUGGCCGUGAAACUGUGGAAGGAAGGAAACCUGAACACCGAGGCCGGUGCACCGCUGUCCCACCUCUACCGUGCAAUACAAGAUGUGCAGUUGAAAAAUGUAGUGGAAAAACUAAGGAUGAAAUGCAGUCUAACAGAGGCGGAGACACGGGUUCGUGUUGAAACCUGGCUCGGCGCUAUGUACAGAGUGGCCUUUAAUAUGAUUCUUGAUAAAAAAUUUAUCAUAAUUGACAAAGAUAAUGAGAAAUUAUUGAUGGAUAAUUUUCAGUGUUUACUGCCUUCAUAUACAGACUGUUUCUCAACAUUUCUUAGUAGCAUGGUGGGUAAUUCAUCCUUAACAGAUACCUACUAUCAGUUUAUUCACAGCACACAACAGUGUUAUUUUGCCGCCCAACACAUCUGUUCUCUCAUGCUCCAACAAAACUAUGAUGAAAAAAAGUUUGCAGAAUUGCUGAAAGUUGACUUAACAAAAAAGGAACAAAUAGAUCGAUUUUAUGAAGUGUUAUUAUAUACGGCAAGUUUGGUUACACGGGAACAGUUAGACCGUGAUGCAACAGAAACACUCACAAAAUUUCUAAGUCAAUGUCAAAACUGUAACUGGUUUGAUGUGAUCCACUAUACUGGAUAUUCUGACACCUUCAUCAAAGAAGUGUGUAAAUAUAUACCAGAUAAUUGGGGGGUAACUGACACAACUGUUAAGGCAGCCAAUAUUUUAAUGCAGCAAACUGUGCCAUCUAUAAUUAUUAUCACCCUUGAAGAGGACCCUGACAAUAUUGUCAGUUUGAAGUGCUUCUUACAACAAAUUGCUCAACAUUCUAUUUGGGUUAACAUAAUGUUCAAUUAUUACAACCUCCUCACUCCACCCCAUAAAACAUGUGAUGAGUACAUAAAGAUACUGUGUGGUCCAUCAGCACAGUGUAAUAUAUAUGAACUAACAGGUAUGCUUAGUGCUGAUGGAUGCAACUUCAUAUCUCAAAUGUCAAAUUUAAAAACAUUAACAUUAUCAGUCCAAAAUCAGAAGACUUUAGAAGCUCUCUUACUUCCUAUUUACUCAAAUUAUGCCGUGGAAGAAUUAAUCCUUUUUAUGGAUACCAGAGACUUUGAAGGACGGCUGAGCAUUUCACUAGUUAGGUAUGUAAUACUGGAUCUAUAUCUGCCGUACGUGUGUGAUAGUGACGUAGAGGCUUCUGUAAAAUUACUCCCGCGCUUGACCCACAAAUACAGAAAAAUUGGCUUGUCUGGUCUUUCAGCUGAUGGGGCUCUACAAUUUGUCCAAGGUCUUAAAUCAAGAGGUGUGAGUGCAGAACAACUUCUUAGAAGUAUAAAGUUUAUUCAUGACGGUAUGCCACAACAGGUACUUUGGCUCCCUUAUGGUCCAAUUCCUGUACGUGUUUCAGAGAUGCAGUUCAUUGAUAUGUGGUGUAACCCAAAGGUGGAACUUACAAUAAAUGUAGAUAUUACACCAAAUGAAACACCAUAGAUUAUGAUGAAGUUAAUUGUGAUUUAACAAAAUGUAUUGCAGUGAUUAUUGUAUAGAGUUGUUGUCCUAAUAUAUACAGUGAUCACUCGGUUAACGAAUUCCUUACGAAUUCUUCUCAACAUGUUUUCGCUUGCUCACCAGCUGGAAUAUUAGUCCACCAAUACAGUAAUCGGUUCUAGGGCUUAAACCCGUUCCCAUUUGAGUA